GAUGGCAAAUCAAAGCCUCAGCGAAUCUCUUUGCAUCACUCUCUCUCAUUCCCCAAUUGUCUAUCACCAGAGCCAUAACCAUAUCUUCUCAUACUGCCACGUGUCAGUCUCAGCGUUAACCAUCCUUUAUCUUCUGCAAGACAACUUGAGUUUGGUUUCUUGUCUCCACCAUUAUCCUCUGUAUACAGAGCUCUCUGCUUCUUCUUCCUCUUUGAUCAACCUCUUCAGAAAACAUUAUCAAUGGAGACUAGCGUCACGUGCUACUCACGUGGGGUCCUCCUCCCACGCGUUUCUUCUCAGCGUUCCCCUUCAUUGGUUACUCCUCCUUCUUCCUUCUCCACAUCAUCCAGCUUCAAGGGUCUGAAGUCAAGCUCAAUCUUUGGAGAUUCACUCAGAGUAGCACCAAGAUCGCAGUUGAAAGCCACCAAGCCCAAGAGCAAUGGUGCUUCAUCUGUGACCAAAUGUGAAAUUGGUCAAAGCUUGGAAGAGUUUUUGACACAAGCAACUCCAGACAAGGGAUUGAGAACUUUGCUGAUGUGUAUGGGAGAAGCAUUGAGGACAAUAGCUUUCAAAGUCAGGACAGCUUCUUGCGGUGGAACAGCUUGUGUUAACUCCUUUGGUGAUGAACAACUCGCUGUCGAUAUGCUCGCCGAUAAGCUUCUCUUUGAGGCUUUGCAAUACUCGCAUGUGUGUAAGUACGCGUGCUCAGAAGAAGUACCUGAGCUUCAAGACAUGGGAGGUCCAGUGGAAGGCGGGUUUAGCGUGGCGUUUGAUCCAUUGGAUGGUUCGAGCAUUGUGGAUACAAACUUCACUGUGGGAACUAUCUUUGGGGUUUGGCCUGGUGACAAGUUAACCGGAGUCACGGGAGGAGAUCAAGUGGCUGCAGCCAUGGGAAUCUAUGGUCCAAGAACCACUUAUGUUUUGGCUGUUAAAGGGUUUCCAGGAACUCAUGAGUUCUUACUUCUUGAUGAAGGGAAAUGGCAGCAUGUUAAGGAGACAACAGAGAUUAAUGAAGGGAAGAUGUUCUCACCAGGAAACUUGAGAGCCACGUUUGACAACUCCGAAUACAGCAAGCUGAUUGAUUACUACGUGAAAGAGAAGUACACACUUCGAUACACAGGAGGAAUGGUUCCUGACGUUAACCAGAUUAUUGUGAAGGAGAAAGGAAUAUUCACGAACGUGACUUCGCCUACGGCUAAGGCAAAGUUGAGGUUGUUGUUCGAAGUGGCUCCUCUUGGCCUGCUCGUUGAGAAUGCUGGUGGGUUCAGCAGUGAUGGAUACAACUCUGUGCUUGACAAGACCAUCGUCAACCUCGACGAUAGAACUCAAGUUGCUUAUGGCUCAAAGAACGAGAUCAUCCGUUUCGAAGAAACCCUUUAUGGAACAUCAAGACUCAAGAAUGUUCCCAUUGGAGUUACUGCUUAGAACAUCAUUUAAAAUAAAAACUGAAAGCAUGUUUUUUCUCCCAAAAAAAAGAAUGUUUAUUUUUCCAUAAAACGGAUAAUGUAUGUACUUUUGUUAUUGGGUUAUAUGAGAAGCAACAAAACUAUUGCCAUUG